AUGCUCCCCAGAAGUUUCCAGGUUUCAGAUCUGGUACGUGUAGUAAAGGGUGACAGUGGGGAAUAUCUCAGGCUUCAUCAGACUCCAAGAUCAAUGCAUUUGCUUGAGAUAAGCUUGACCAGGGAUGAGAGGAGCAAUCUGAAGUUGGGUCACAAUGUUCCGGGGAGAGUGAAACGAGAGACAGGUGGCCAGAGAUGGUUUUUUACACACGUAUCCCUUUUGAAACCCAGAUCCUCCUACAGACAAGGCCUGGAGGGGCCACUGUCACAGUAUUCGCAGCAGGAAGGGCCUUCUCAUUCUUUGUAG